AUGUAUCCGGUUACACGACAGCGCGGAGUGGCGCCAGAUUCGCCCGGCAUGGACGACCAAAGCGGACUCCGCUUGCCGAAGGCUUGUAAAACAUGCGCCAAGGCCAAGGUACGAUGUGAUCCGGACCCUAAUAAUGGUCCCUGCAAGCGAUGUCGCCGUCUGAAUAAGGAAUGUGGUGGUCAGGCUCCUGGGGCACAUCGUCGCCAGAGACCCACCGCAAGUAAUAUUGAGGUUGCUUCCCUAGAGGCUAAACUAGAUCGGAUGGUCGCCCUGCUAGCCGCUUCGGGGCGAAAUUCCAAUGAGAUAGGCCCCUCGCCUGAAAGGUCUUCAACGUACCCAGAAGAUGAUGCGGUGAUGCCGAGUGAGCAGGAAGGGCAUGCGUUCUUGGAAAUCUUUAGGACAAGGAUGGUUCCUGUGUUCCCAUUCAUUGUGAUACCAGCCCAUGUCACCCCAGAACGACUACGUCAAGAAAAGCCAUUUCUCUACCUGAACAUCUCAAUGGUUGCCUGUCAGAAUGCUCCACGACAGAGAGAAAUUGCCGGAAUCGCUAAGGAGUAUGUCGCUGAGCAUAUUGUCUUGAGAGGCGAACACAGUCUGGAUCUGUUUGAGGGUCUCCUCGUUCAUAUCGCGUGGUUCAUCUCUGUUUCUCGCCUGCACCGUCCGGACAUUGCUGGCCGAGCGCUCGACAAUGAGAACGAAAAACAGAGGUAUAAUAUGUCAGGCGUUGCACAACUGGACGCAUUUGUGCAGUUGGCAAGGGCCCAGGCAAUUAGCCUGGGAUUGAACCAGGAACAAAACAUCAUGAGAAGCCUUGAUAAACCUAUCGUCUAUCUCAGAAACCUUGACCUCGAGAAUGGUAAGGCUCCGGUUCGCACACUCGAAGAACGGCGGGCUUAUCUUGGGUGCUAUUAUGUGAUUGCGAUGCUCUCCGCGUGCGUCAGAAACAUGGAACCUCUUCGCUUUACCAAAUAUUCGAAUGAGUGCUGCCAAGUUUUGCAAGAGACCUCGGAGUUUCCUACAGAUGCCUUUCUGGUCCAACUUGUGCGAUCGAUGCAUCUUGCUGAUAAAAUCAAUCGUACAUUCUCAAUCCACGACUAUGAUUCUUCUGCAGUUCUCUCUACGCCACUGGGGAUGAGUGUGAAGUGGCAUCAAGCCGAGCUCCAGCGGCUGAGGGCAUCUUGCUCAUGUGAAACGCCAUAUUCCACCAUUUUAUUCUUCCAUUACGAUACCCUCGAAUUGCUCUUGUACAAAAUCGCCCUCAGUGAGGACCUAUCGGAUGCUGAAUACGGCGGGCACCCAGUGACGCGAUUAGACCUGCUCUUCUGUUGUUUGGAAGCGACAAAAUCCUUCUUCUUCAACUACUACUCCCUCUCAUCUGCCUAUUUCCCAUUUUUGCCGUUCACGUCGUGGUGCCAAUUCGGUCACGCAAUCGUCAUCCUAUCUCGACUGAGUCUCUACCGGAGCGAUCGCGUGGAAUGGGAUCGAGCUUAUGUCCAAAGCACCAUUGAUUUCAAUAAUAUUGUCGAUCAGAUAGGACAGAAACUGGGAGAAGCACGGCCAUCCACAAAGCUGGGACCAGGGAAAGACCAGCAGUGCACAAAUGAGCGACCUGAGAUAUACGAAAAAUUGGAAAGCAGGAUGCAAUUGAUGAAGGAAGCACAUCUCAAAAGACGAGAGGCAAUGGAGAAAAGCCAGCCACAGGCUCCUCAGGCUCCGCCGGACUUUAGCUUCAUGUUUAGCAUGCCCAUGGGUACUUUUUUCCCUUAUACAGAUUUUGGUGAGCUGCCAGACGCAUUGGAGACCCCGAUGUAUAAUUAG